AGUGACGUAUGCAUUAGCCAGGCAGCUAAUGAGGAGAGAAGACUAGGUUGUGGAGUGUUGAAGCUGGAUAUCAAACCAUGGAGACACUAUACAGUUUACCGUUUAUUGUGCUAGAAUGUCCAAACAUAAAACUCAAAAAACCCUCAUGGCUGCACAUGCCAUCAGCGAUGACCGUCUAUGCUAUCGUCAUAGUGUCAUACUUUCUUAUCACCGGGGGCAUCAUCUACGAUGUCAUUGUGGAGCCGCCGAGUGUUGGUUCUAUGACUGAUGAACACGGUCACCAGCGACCAGUGGCCUUUUUGGCUUACAGGGUGAAUGGGCAGUACAUAAUGGAAGGGCUGGCUUCCAGUUUUCUGUUCACUAUGGGAGGUCUUGGCUUUAUAAUCCUGGACCGCUCCAAUGCUCCCAACAUCCCCAAACUCAAUCGUUUCUUGCUGCUCUUCAUUGGCUUCGUCAGUGUACUGCUCAGCUUCUUCAUGGCCAGGGUCUUCAUGAGAAUGAAGCUACCUGGCUAUCUCAUGGGUUAAAGCUGCACUUCACCCACAGUGCGGAACGCAUUGAACAUAUCACAGGCAGAACGAGUGGACCCCUGAUGUCCCAUUCUACCCCCACCCCCCCCUCCCCCCGUGCCAUGGAACACUGAUUAUGAUUCAUUUGUAUGUUUUGGACAGUCUUACCCCACCCCUCAUUUUUGAUUGUUUGUGAGAGAGAGUGAACAAGAAAGAGAGACACUUUCAGCCAGUCCACAGGGGCUCUAUGUUACCGACUGGAGCUCAUAUUCAUCCUACCAUGCAAUAUUUCAUUAACAGUGAAUACUUGAUCCCAUAUGUGAUGAGCAUCACAGAGGGGUAAAUAUAUUUUGUCAAUAGAGAAGGGUAACCUUACACUGAUUUGAAUUUGUAUUAGAACUCUUAAUAGAAAAUGUAUGUGUGUGCAAAGUGGUCAGUCAUUAUCCUUGACUCAUGGUUAUCUCUGCUCAUGCACUGGUUUUGUAGAUUAUAAUUUGUGAAAUGGCCUUAAAAUAUGUCAGAUUGAAUUUGUGAUGUGCAGUUCUUUUUCUAUGAGAAACCAAAAUAAAUCCUCUUUCCACA